GCGUUUGGAUGAGAAAGAGCUGACAGGAACUGAGCCCCACCUUCUCUGUGUGCUGGGGAAUAGGGCUGCACAGCCCCAGUGGCACCCAUGCCGAAGAACAGCAAGGUGACCCAGCGUGAACACAGCAAUGAGCAUGUCACUGAGUCAGUGGCUGAUUUGCUGGCCCUCGAGGAGCCUGUGGACUAUAAGCAGAGUGUACUGAAUGUGGCUGGAGAGACAGGUGGCAAGCAGAAGGUGGCGGAGGAGGAGCUGGACGCAGAGGACCGGCCAGCCUGGAAUAGCAAGCUGCAGUACAUCCUGGCCCAGAUCGGCUUUUCUGUGGGCCUUGGCAACAUCUGGAGGUUCCCCUACCUGUGCCAGAAAAAUGGAGGAGGUGCCUAUCUGGUGCCCUAUCUGGUGCUGCUGAUCAUUAUCGGCAUCCCCCUCUUCUUUCUGGAGCUGGCUGUGGGCCAGAGGAUCCGCCGUGGUAGCAUUGGUGUGUGGCACUAUGUGUGCCCCCGCCUGGGGGGCAUCGGCUUUUCCAGCUGUAUUGUCUGCCUCUUUGUUGGGCUGUACUACAAUGUGAUCAUUGGGUGGAGUGUCUUCUACUUCUUCAAGUCUUUCCAGUACCCACUGCCCUGGAGUGAAUGUCCUGUUAUCAGGAAUGGGACUGUGGCAGUGGUGGAGCCUGAGUGCGAGAAGAGCUCAGCUACUACCUACUUCUGGUAUCGAGAGGCCUUGGACAUCUCCAACUCCAUCUCAGAGAGUGGGGGCCUCAACUGGAAGAUGACUCUCUGCCUCCUUGUGGCCUGGAGCAUCGUGGGCAUGGCUGUAGUCAAGGGCAUCCAGUCCUCUGGAAAGGUAAUGUAUUUCAGCUCCCUCUUCCCCUACGUGGUGUUGGCCUGCUUCCUGGUUCGGGGGCUGCUGCUUCGAGGGGCGGUUGACGGCAUCCUGCACAUGUUCACUCCUAAGCUGGACAAGAUGCUGGACCCCCAGGUGUGGCGGGAGGCAGCCACACAGGUCUUCUUCGCCCUGGGGCUGGGCUUUGGAGGCGUCAUCGCCUUUUCCAGCUACAACAAACAGGACAAUAACUGCCACUUCGAUGCUGCCCUGGUGUCCUUCAUCAACUUCUUCACCUCGGUGUUGGCUACCCUCGUGGUGUUUGCUGUGCUGGGCUUCAAAGCCAACAUCAUGAAUGAGAAGUGUGUGGUCGAGAAUGCUGAGAAAAUUCUAGGGUAUCUCAACUCUAAUGUCUUGAGCCGGGACCUCAUCCCACCCCACGUCAACUUCUCUCACCUGACCACCAAGGACUACUCAGAAAUGUACAACGUCAUCAUGACUGUUAAGGAGAAGCAGUUCUCAGCCCUGGGCCUGGAUCCCUGUCUCCUGGAGGAUGAGCUGGACAAGUCUGUGCAGGGCACAGGCCUGGCCUUCAUCGCCUUCACUGAGGCCAUGACACAUUUCCCGGCCUCCCCAUUCUGGUCCGUCAUGUUCUUCCUGAUGCUCAUCAACCUGGGCCUGGGCAGUAUGAUUGGGACCAUGGCAGGAAUCACCACACCUAUCAUCGACACCUUCAAGGUGCCCAAGGAGAUGUUCACAGUGGGCUGCUGUGUCUUUGCAUUCUUCGUGGGGCUGUUGUUCGUCCAGCGUUCCGGAAACUACUUUGUCACCAUGUUUGAUGACUAUUCGGCCACCCUGCCACUCACCGUCAUCGUCAUCCUUGAGAACAUCGCUGUGGCCUGGAUUUAUGGAACCAAGAAGUUUAUGCAGGAGCUGACAGAGAUGCUGGGCUUCCGGCCGUACCGAUUCUAUUUCUACAUGUGGAAGUUUGUGUCUCCACUGUGCAUGGCUGUUCUCACCACAGCCAGCAUCAUCCAGCUGGGAGUGUCACCCCCAGGCUAUAGUGCCUGGAUUAAGGAGGAGGCCGCUGAGCGCUACUUGUACUUCCCCAACUGGGCCAUGGCACUGCUGAUCACCCUCAUCGCUGUGGCAACUCUACCCAUCCCUGUGGUGUUCAUCCUGCGCCACUUCCACCUGCUCUCCGACGGUUCCAACACCCUCUCGGUGUCCUACAAGAAGGGCCGCAUGAUGAAAGACAUCUCCAAUCUGGAGGAGAACGAUGAGACACGCUUCAUCCUCAGCAAGGUGCCCAGUGAGGCGCCCUCCCCCAUGCCCACCCACCGCUCCUAUCUGGGACCUGGCAGCACAUCACCCUUGGAGAGCAGCGGCAAUCCUAACGGACGCUAUGGAAGCGGCUACCUCUUGGCCAGCACCCCUGAGUCAGAGCUGUGACUACAGCUCCACCCUGCCUGCCUUCCCUCAAUACCCAACCUGCCCACUUGUCUGGGCCUGGCCUCUUCCUCCAUGGUGGCCACCAGACCCAGGCCAGUCCAAGGAGAGAGGAUCUGUCCUGCCUUGCUCCUCACCCAAGUCCCAGAAGUCUCCCUACCUAUGAGCAGGGGACUGGGGACAAUUCAAUCCCUAUUCCAGGCCCCCAACCCAUGUAACUUUUUAAAGAACUCUUGCCAAGUUGCAGCCAUGUAACCACAAAAAUCUCAGUAUGGGGGGACUUCAAGUGGACGCUUUAGGAGUCACCCCCCCUCCUUGUAAAAUCUAUCACUUGCAGUUCUUGGGUCUCAGGGAGGAUCCAUUUAUGCUGCUGGUUAUGGUGGUAGUGGACAGAGGCUUCAGGGCUGAAGGUGCAGGAAGUAGACUUUAGCCCAGCCUGCCGUAAGACCAGGACUCAUCAUCCUGUCCAACCCAUCCAGGCUGCUCCUGAGCUAAGACAGGGAGAGGGACGCGUGUGUCAGGACUCAGGCUUUGCUUUGGCAGGAGGUGUACCAGAAACUCCUCAAUUCUGUCUUUUGAUAAAGGCGGAGCCCUCUCAGGCUUAAGCAUGAAUGCUGCCAUUGAAAGGAACACAUCCACAGCCAGCUCAUGGAGUCUUUAAAUGGCCCUGUUUACCCCGACAGGGACAAAGGGUGUAUAUUCUUGAUCCUCCCUGAGAGCACAGUGAUGGGGUCACUUUAACUGGGGCUUAGCCAUUUCUCAGUCUUCUCCUUCCAACCUGGAGCCAGGAGUGGUGGUCUUUGCCUCUGUCCCAGAGAGAAAAGGGUGCAGUGCAAGAUGAAGUUUCCACAGCACAAUUUGCAGGGUCCCAGCACAAUCUAGAUGGUUUGGAGCACAAGAGAAACAAACAUACUCUUCCACACUCUGCAGCUCCUAUUUUUCUCUUUAGUGGCAGCUUCUCCCCUGGAAUGAGGGUUCCUGGAGUUCAGAUGUGUGCCACCAGGAGCCCUUGUUUCUAAGGAAAGACAGUGUUCAUCACCUUCUGAAGACCCCAGGUCUUCCUCUCAGCUCUAUGGGUGAGGCCUCAGGACAGGCGCUUCUAAGAAGCACUAGCUGUGGGGAAGGCAUGUGUUUCCUGCAGACAGUACCGGGGUUUCUUAGGAGGACGGCAUCUCUCUGCCCUUCAGUCCUGCAUUUGUCCUUGAAAAAGUCCUGAGUACUCAGAAAGCAGCAGCUGCUUCUCAGACCUCUGCUGGCUCCUCGGGAGAGAUGAGGUGGGCUCACUUGACCACUGAAGACCAGCCCCAGCUUCCGUGCAGGAGCUGGAAGUGAGGGCCGGGUCUCCAAGUCUUUGCACGGAGUCCCUACUGGUUGGUGCUGCCCGUAAGGUGCCUACCAGGAGAUGAGGGUUUUCUGGGGCUGUGAGUCAAUCGAGCUAGGGCAGUGCAGAGGUACACCUGAGGGUUCCUGUUCUGCCUGCUUUCAGCUCCAGUCACCAGCUUCUUCUUCAGGGAGCCCUCAGCCCUCUUCAUGGAGACUGCAAGGAGCCUGAGGCCCAGUUCGGGUGGUGGGGGAGACACGAGGUGUAGAGGGAUUGUAGAUAGGGUUGGCUUCUGCCAUUAAGCAAUAAGUCUUCAGUGGCUGGCUGCUGCUUUUUAAGUGCCAGGAAAUGUGCUCCAGAGGCAGUGUGUGUGUGUGUGUGUGUGUGUGUGUGUGUGUGUGUGUGCCUGAGGCUGUGAGCCAGGCCCCAUGUAGGCCUGCAGUAUUACCAGGCAGGGACUGCCCUUCCCUUCCUUACCUCUAUCCCUCCCCCAACUAAAGUAUGCCCACUGUGAAAAGAGAAGUGAGAUCAAACAGAUUGUAAUACACCUGGACUCUCUGUGCACCCCUGGGUCCCUCUUCUUAGGUCUGAACUAUGGGGAUAUGGAGCCUGGAGUCAUUUCUCAUGAGAAGUCCUGCUUUGUACAGACUUAAACACACACCAGGCAGUCACUUCUGGUCCUGACACACAUUCAGAACAGUUAAAGUUCAUGUGUCCUGGACUGGUCAGUUGUCUGGGUCAAGACCACUCUGCCCAGGAGAGGGGAUGAGGCAUUGUCACCCCAGGGCCCCCACUUCAUCUUCCCUACCCUGGUGUACAAUAAAGUGUCUGUUCUUAGCA